AUGAGCGCGGCGGGCAAGUUCGGGCCUAACGGCGACCGAGAGCUCGAAAGUGCCGCGGAUAGCAUCCCCAGCCUAGAGGUGAAGGAAGCAGAGGUCCAGAAGCUGGCCAAACAGUUCACGAGGCAGAGCAAUCAAUCGAUCCCAGCACAGAAUCCCUUUGCUGCGGAGCCUGGGUCGACUCUAGACCCCAAUGGUGACCACUUCAAUGCCCGAGUGUGGUGCAAGGCCAUGCUCCGGAUGUGCACCGAAGACAGCCAGGCACAUUCACCCAGGACCCUGGGAGUGGCCUUCAUGAACCUGAAUGUGCACGGGUUCGGCUCGGAUACCGAUUUCCAGAAGAGCGUGGGCAAUGUUUGGCUAGAGGCCGUCAGUCUUGUAAGGAGGCUCAUAGGUCGACGUCAGCGCAAGAUCGAUAUUCUGCAGAACUUGGAUGGAUUGGUGGAGGCUGGAGAGAUGCUUGUCGUCCUUGGACCACCAGGCUCAGGAUGCACGACUUUCUUGAAGACCAUCGCUGGAGAGACAUACGGCUUUUACGUCGACAAGAACUCAGACCUCAAUUACCAAGGUGUGAGCGCAAAGCAAAUGGCCAGCGCGUUCAGGGGAGAAGCCAUCUAUACUGCUGAGGUCGACGUCCAUUUCCCCAAGCUCACGGUGGGGGACACCCUCUUCUUCGCUGCCUGGGCCCGAGCACCCCGAUACCUUCCCGGAGGAGCAACAGUGAACCAGUACGCCACACAUAUGCGAGACGUCAUCAUGGCCAUGUUCGGUAUCUCCCACACGAAGAAUACUAUCGUGGGAAACGACUUCAUCCGCGGUGUCUCUGGUGGAGAGCGCAAGCGUGUCAGUAUUGCCGAAGCCUGUCUAAGCAUGGCUCCGCUGCAAUGUUGGGAUAACUCAACUCGUGGUCUCGACAGUGCUAAUGCUAUCGAAUUCUGCAAGACUCUUCGCAUGCAGACGGAUAUCAAUGGCGCUACUGCCUGCGUUUCGCUUUACCAGGCUCCCCAGGCUGCCUACGAUCAAUUUGAUAAAGUCCUGGUUCUGUACGAGGGUCGCCAGAUUUUCUUUGGUCGCACAGCCGCGGCGAAGAAGUACUUCGUUGAUAUGGGUUUCAUCUGCCCUGAUCGCCAAACAGAUGCUGAUUUCCUUACCUCCAUGACCAGCCCACUCGAACGGGUCGUGCGGCCAGGUUAUGAAAGCCACGUUCCUCGGACGCCCGAUGAAUUCACCGCAAGGUGGAAGGCCUCGGCAGAGCGAGUGCAGCUUCUACGAGACAUUGAGCUUUACAACGCAAAGUUCGUUCUCGGUGGUGAAUACCUGGAUAAGUUCAAGCAAUCCCGCAGAGAUCAGCAAGCCAAGGUCCAGCGUGUAUCGUCACCCUACACUCUUUCAUACUUUCAGCAGAUUGAGUUAUGCUUAUGGCGCGGAUAUAAACGAUUGAAAGGCGAUCCCAGUGUCACAAUCUCUUCGUUAAUUGGAAAUUCAAUCAUGGCUCUCGUCAUCGCCAGUAUCUUUUACAACCUUCAGCCUGACACCAACAGCUUCUUUCAGCGCAGUGCCCUCCUAUUUUUUUCUGUUCUUAUGAAUGCUUUCGGUUGUGGCCUUGAAAUGCUCACACUUUAUGCUCAACGAGGGAUUGUGGAGAAACACUCUCGAUAUGCCCUUUACCACCCAUCUGCUGAAGCAUUCGCAUCAAUGCUGAUGGAUUUGCCCUACAAGGUCCUUAAUGCCAUCACUUACAACUUGAUUCUCUACUUCAUGACAAACCUGAGGCGAGAACCUGGCGCUUUCUUCUUCUUCGUGUUCACUUCCUUCAUCCUGACUCUAACCAUGUCCAUGUUCUUCCGGUCUAUUGCAUCGCUGACAAGAACUCUUGUUCAAGCCCUGCCAUUUGCUGCUAUUAUGAUUCUGUCUCUAAGCAUGUACAGUGGUUUUGCCAUCCCAAAACAGUACAUGUUAGGAUGGGCCCGCUGGAUUUCCCGUAUCAACCCUAUCAACUAUGGCUUUGAGUCUCUGAUGGUCAAUGAGUUCCACAAUCGCGAGUUCAUCUGUGUCAACUACGUCCCGUCAGGUCCUGGCUACGCGGGUCUCAGCUCGAGCAACCAUGUUUGCUCCACAGUCGGAUCUGUACCAGGGCAGCCCUAUGUUAAUGGCGACAACUACAUUGAGUCAUCUUAUGGCUAUUCCGCCUCGCACAAGUGGAGGAACAUCGGCAUUAUAUUUGCCUUCAUGUUCAUCCUCAUGUUGGUUUAUCUGGCUGCUACCGAGAUAGUCACCGAAAAGAAGUCGAAGGGCGAGAUUCUAGUCUUCCGUCGCGGACAUAAAGCCCUGAAGAAGGGCAAGUCAUUGAAGGAUGUCGAAGGCGGUAGUGACCGCAGCGCUGCUGUGGAGAAGAAGACCCAAUCAGAUAACCUUGCCAUCAUCGAACGUCAGACUGCUAUUGUCCAGUGGAAAGAUGUUUGCUAUGAUAUCAAGAUUGGAAAAGAGAAUCGCAGAAUUCUCGAUCACAUUGAUGGGUGGGUCAAGCCGGGUACCUUGACCGCGCUUAUGGGCGUCUCUGGUGCCGGAAAAACCACGCUAUUGGAUGUCCUGGCUACUCGUACCACUAUGGGGGUUAUCACGGGAGAGAUACUUGUUGAUGGCAAGCCUCGGGAUGAGUCCUUCCAGCGCAAGACCGGCUACGCUCAACAACAAGAUUUGCACUUGAACACCUCCACAGUUCGCGAGGCCCUAACCUUCUCUGCCCUUCUACGCCAGCCCGCUCAUGUUCCUCGGCAAGAGAAGAUUGACUAUGUCUCCGAAGUCAUCAAACUCCUCGACAUGACUGAGUAUGCUGAUGCCAUUAUUGGGGUACCUGGGGAAGGCCUCAAUGUUGAGCAACGCAAGCGUCUUACCAUCGGUGUGGAGCUUGCAGCCAGGCCAGCUCUACUUCUCUUCUUAGAUGAACCUACCUCUGGGCUUGAUUCUCAGACAUCGUGGGCUAUCCUCGAUCUUCUCGACAAACUGAAGAAGAACGGACAGGCUAUUCUGUGCACUAUCCAUCAACCUUCUGCAAUGUUGUUCCAGCGCUUUGAUCGUCUCCUAUUCCUUCAGGCUGGGGGUCGCACUGUGUACUUUGGUGAAGUUGGUGAAAACUCACACAUCCUUAUUGACUAUUUCGUCCGCAAUGGUGGCCCCCCGUGCCCUCCCGACGCUAAUCCUGCCGAAUGGAUGCUCGAUGUCAUUGGUGCCGCUCCCGGAUCCCAUACUGAGAUCGACUGGUUUGACACAUGGCGCAAAUCCCCUGAGUAUGCUCGUAUCCAAGAGCAUCUCGCCGAACUGAAACAAGAACGCUCUCAACAAGUUGACCUUACCCGCGCCAACUCGGACCAGAACCACGAGGAUAAGGCCAGCUACCGCGAAUUCGCCGCUCCCUUCUCUGAACAGGUCCGCGAAGUCCAGCUCCGAGUGUUCCAGCAAAUCUGGCGCUCUCCCACAUACAUCUAUUCCAAGGCCUUACUGUGUGUUAGCUCAGCUCUUUUCGUUGGCUUCUCUCUAUUUCGUACGCCCAACACGAUUCAGGGGCUUCAGAAUCAGAUGUUUGCUAUCUUUAUGUUGUUAACUCUGUUUGGUCAACUCAUUCAGCAAAUCAUGCCACAUUUUGUUGCUCAGCGCAAUUUGUACGAGGCUCGCGAACGUCCAUCCAAAGCUUACACUUGGAAAGCUUUCAUCAUAUCUAACAUUAUUGUUGAACUUCCUUGGAACUCGCUCAUGUCUGUCCUGAUGUUCCUGUGCUGGUACUACCCAGUGGGCUUGUACCGCAAUGCUGAGCCUACUGACGCUGUCGCGCUCCGCGGCGCGCAAAUGUGGCUCUUCAUCUGGGCCUUCCUCCUCUUCUCAUCCACCUUUGCACACUUUAUGAUCGCAGCUUUUGAGAGUGCUGAGAAUGCUGGUAAUACGGGCAACUUGCUCUUCAUGCUCUGCCUGCUGUUCUGCGGUGUUCUGGCUACACCCAACCAGUUUCCGGGGUUCUGGAUCUUCCUGUACCGGGUUUCGCCAUUCACGUACCUUGUCAGCGGUAUGCUCGCUGUCGGCAUCUCCAACACAAAAGUCUCAUGCGCGACAAAUGAAUACCUGCACUUUGACCCGCUCAAUGGUACCUGCGGCGACUACAUGACAACAUACCAAUCCACCAUGGGAGGCUAUAUUCAAGAUGAACGCGCGACCUCAGAUUGCAGCUACUGCCCCAUUAGCGACACGAACGUGUACCUUGCUUCUGUCUCAUCCCAUUACUCAGACGUGUGGCGAAACUUUGGCAUUAUGUGGGUCUACAUCGUCUUCAAUAUAUUUGCGGCGUGUGCGCUGUACUGGUGGGUGCGUGUCCCAAAGGUUAAGGCCCCCAAGAGCAACGUCUGA